GGUCGUCAUCCAGUGGCCCCGAUAAGGCACAAUUUUUCUUGGCAGCAAAAUCUAAAUUUUGUAGUUCCCACGCCAGGACUUAAUCUAAAGUUCAAUUCACCUGAAAAACAAAAAACCAUGGCAUUCAAAAUUGCGAUUUGCGUUUUGGCCGCUCUCAUCGGAUUUGUUUGCGCUGGUUACAAAGCUGGAGGCAGCGGAGGAUACGGUGGAGGAUACGGUGGAAGCGGAGGGUACGGUGGAAGCGGAGGGUACGGCGGAGGGUACGGUGGAAGCGGAGGAUACGGUGGGGGAUACACAGGAGGUAGAGGAUACGGAGGCAGUGGAGGAUAUGGAGGCAGCGGAGGAUAUGGAGGUAGCGGAGGAUACGGUGGAGGAUACAAAAGCAGUGGAGCUUAUGGCGGAGGGAGCGGAUACGGGGGAAGCGGAGGUCAUGGUGGACACGGAGGAAGCGGAGGCUACGGAGGAGGUGGAUAUGGAGGUAGUAGUUACGGAGAGCAAGACGGUGGGUACGGCAGUAGCAGCUAUGGUGGAGGAGGUUACGGUGGUAGCGGACACGGUGGAGGAGGGUACGGUGGUAGCGGACAUGGCGGAGGAUCUUACGGCUGCAGUAGCCAUGGCGGAGGCUACGGCGGAAGCUACGGAAGCAGUCACCAUGGCGGGGGAGGCCACGGAGGAGCAGGAUACGGACCUUAUGGUAAAGGUGGCGGAGGCUACGGUCGGUGAUCUCGUCAGUGCAGCAGUUUCUUACUAAAGAAACACUUUGACCACACAUUUACGUGUAACUUCUGGAACAUCAUUCGUUUCUCACUUUGUCCUGUUUUCCUGUAAAACAAAAAAAUUAAGAAUUAAGAUGUGCAAAACUUAAAGAGGAAAUAAACGGAUAUACCUGUU